AUGCAGUGCUCUGCCUUGCGCAAGAAUGGUUUUGUGGUGCUCAAAGCCGGCCCUGUUCAUCUGGUUGGUAUCGAUAUCUUUACUGGGAAGAAAUAUGAAGAUAUCUGCCCUUCAUCCAACAACAUGGAUGUGCCCAAUAUCAAGAGAAAUGAUUUUCAGCUGAUUGGGAUUCAGGAUGGUUACCUGUCACUGCUCCAGGACAGUGGGGAGGUGAGGGAGGACCUUCGUUUACCUGAGGGUGACCUUGGCAAGGAGAUUGAGCAGAAGUACGAUUGUGGAGAAGAGAUCCUGAUAACGGUGCUGUCAGCCAUGACAGAGGAAGCAGCUGUUGCAAUCAAGGCCAUGGCAAAGUAACUGGCCCCCAGGGUGGUGAUGGCUGCAGCAGCCGCAGCAAUCGAACGCCUGAAGAGGCCUUCCCUCUCCUCCCCCAGCCUGGUCAGGCUUUGGCCGCACCCUGGCUGGACGCCUACUCUUUCUUUUGAUGUUUUAUUUUUGGUUUUUUUUUUCUCAGUCCGGGGACUCCCCCACCCCCACCCCCUUAGUCCAGCCCUAUCUCCCCCGAUCCCUUGGACAAGAUGGGGGGCAGGGCCUUGGUAAAACUGCCCCCUUCUUUCCCCCACCUCACACUACAGCCCUGGUGGGGGAUGAGGGGAUGGGGGGCUCUUGAGAUUUAGUUUUUUCUUUUUUAUUAUUCAAUCUGGAAGCAGAAAGCUGUGGAUUCUGGAUUCUGCAAAAAUCCUCUGCCCCCCUCUCCCUACCUAUCCGGUCUGGCCCCCUGGUUCCCUAUACCUCAACCUAGCACCACUCCCUCCUUCAGCAGGGGACAGACUCCCUGCCCCCCCC